AUGUCACCACCAGACUGUGGGAAUUCACUGCGCAGAAGAAAAAUCACAUCUAUGUGGUGACUUCAUCAAUUGAAAUCCUCAAGUUGUUCGUGUGGAUUACUUUAACCCAGGACUAUUUUUUUUGGGGUGGGGGAGGGGGCUCACCUGGAGAGAGAAAAGAACCAAGUGCAGGAGGACAGAUGAGCGGCUGUGGAUUUGGUUCUCUCUGAGCGUCUGAUUUAAAGCACAGGUGGAAGCUGCCGGGGCUCAGGCAUCCAUAUGCAGGAAUGCAGGUUCACAUAUGGAGGAAGAUCCGACAGUUUAGUGUUUGAGCAGCUGAGCCGGUGAAGGCCUCGGAGGCGGCCAUGUUGGAUCUUUUUCUUAGAGAGCUGGUGUUGACCCGUCUUCACCCGUCACCUCGCAGCACCUCGCUGCCGACCUAACUCCCUCGCUCCCUCUCUCUCUUUCUUCCACCGCCUGGCCGGGAGGAAAGGUCCUUGGUCCCUGUGUAAAAUGUCCUAUGCACAUCACAAGCUGCUUACCUGGAGCUUACCUCAAGUCCUCCUCCUACUGCUGACCUACCUCUUGCUCCUGGCUCCUCCCACAGGUGUGUCAGCAAACCUCUGCCGUGUGACCGGCGGGCUGCUGGGGAUCCACUGGAGCAACGUCAUCACCCUGGGUUGGUCCCCGCUGGCGUUGGGGAAAGGCGGGGCGAGAUGUUGGGAGUUCUGCUGCCUGGAGCCGAGCUGCAACGCCGUGUGGAGCCUCGGCGGGCGAUGUGUGCUCCUCCGCUGCACGCUGGAUAAUGGAUGCCCCAUCUCCCACCUGCCCCCGCCCCACCAGGAGUCCCUCGGGCUCCUCCAGCUGCUCUCAAAGGGUCCUGUCUUAAGGAGGCGCAGUAGAUCUCUCCAGGCACAGACUGCAGGAAGCCAAGGACUGAACAACAAACAAUCUGCCCGCACGGACAGUCCUAAACUUGAAAAAGCUCCCUCACCUCCAACCGCACCCAGCGCCCUCGCACAUCACCAAACAGCCCAGAAGAACCACAGCCUGACAACCAACGGGAGUGAAGACACUGCUGCAGAUAAACCCCAGCAGGACUCAACGGCGGACAACACCGCUAACACUGCUGCGUCUUCCAACAGCAGUGAAGUCAGCACAACCACAGCGACUGCAGCCGCCGUCACCCCAGCUCCAACACAGGCUGUGAGGGAGCUGGUGGUGUCGGCAGGAGAGAGCGUGGAGGUGACGCUGCCCCGAAACACGGUCGAACUCAACGCCUUUGUCGUCCCUACGCCCCCUCAAGGGACAAACUAUGCAUUUGAUUGGCGUCUGAAAACUCAUCCCAAAGAUUACAGCGGGGAGAUGGAAGGGAAGCACAGCACGACUCUUAAACUAAGCCAGCUGACUGUGGGCCUGUAUGAGUUUGAGGUGACAGUGGACGGGGAGGGGGCCUACGGAGAAGGUUACGUCAAUGUCACAGUCAAACCAGAGCCGCGGGUAAACAAGCCUCCUGUUGCCGUGGUUUCCCCAAAGUACCAGGAGAUCUCCCUGCCAACCAGCUCGACGGUCAUAGACGGCAGCCAGAGCACAGACGAUGACAAGGUGGUGGCGUGGCACUGGGAGGAGGUUAAAGGACCCCUGAGGGAGGAGAAGGUCUCUGCUGACACCCCCGUCCUCACCCUUACUAGUCUGGUGCCUGGGAACUACACCUUCAGCUUGACAGUGACAGACUCAGACGGAGCCAAAGACUCAACACAGGCAACCCUCUCAGUCAACAAAGCCAAGGACUACCGGCCUGUUGCCAACGCAGGCCCUAACCAGGUCAUCCAGCUGCCGCGCAACUCCAUCUCUCUGUACGGCAACCAAAGCACCGACGACCACGAUUCUCUGUCCUAUGAGUGGUCCCUGAGCCCUGAGAGCAAAGACAAGGUGUUGGAGAUGCAGGGCGUGCGGACUCCGAUCCUGCAGCUGUCGGCUAUGCAGGAGGGAGACUUCACUUUCCAGCUGACGGUGACGGACUCGUCUGGACAGCAGGACACCGCCCAGGUCACCGUGAUUGUGCAACCAGAAAACAAUAAGCCCCCGAUAGCAGACGCAGGACCAGAGAAAGAGCUGACUCUGCCCGUCGACCGAACCACGCUGGAUGGCAGCAAGAGCAGGGACGACCAGAAGAUCUCCACCUACCACUGGAUACAAACCAAGGGUCCAGACGGUGUGAAGAUUGAGAAUGCAGACAGUGCUGUUGCCACGGUGACAGGUCUCGAGGUCGGCACGUACGAGUUCACCCUGACCGUGACGGAUGAGAGAAACCUGCAGAGUACCGACAUGGUCUCUGUCAUCGUCAGAGAAGAACUGGACCAGCCUCCACUAGCUCAUGUGGUAUCCAGUCCAGCCAUCACGCUGCCCGUCAGGACCGCCUCUCUGGACGGAUCUCACUCCACUGAUGACAAAGGUGGAGUCAGCUACCUGUGGACCAGAGAUGACAGCAGUCCUGCAGCUGGGGAUGUACUGAACAACUCUGACCACCAGGCCGUGCUGUUUCUUGGGAACCUGGUGGAGGGGAAGUACAGCUUUACCCUGACUGUAACUGACAGUAAAGGACAGAUGAGCAUUGACAGAGGCAGCGUGGAGGUCAAACCAGACAUAUGGGAGCGUGACCUGGUGGAGUUGGUGCUGGAGAUCGGCGUAUCCCAAGUUUCCCACCGUCAGCGAGACAUGCUGCUGCGACAGGUCGGGGUGUUACUGGGCGUGCUCGACAGCGACAUCAUCGUGCGAGAGAUCAGUGCGUUUAAUGAGCACAGUACUCGUUUGGUCUUCCUGGUGUCCGGCGGGCCAGGGCGCCCCCCUCUGUCCGGCCACAGUGUUGCGCUCAGUCUUCGCAACAAACUGCGCAAACAGAAGAAUGACUUCCUCAUCUUUAAGGCCCGACGCGUGGAUACAGUCAUCUGCCAGUUAAACUGCUCGGGUCACGGUGAGUGUGACUCCUUCACGCGGCGCUGCAUCUGCCACCCGUUCUGGAUGGAGAAUUUCAUCAGAGCUCAGCUUGGAGAUGCUGAAAGCAACUGUGAAUGGAGCGUACUCUAUGUGACUAUAGCAUCCUUUAUGAUUGUGGUUGCCAUAGCAACGCUUGUCUGGGGGAUGGUGUGUUGCUGCAACAGGCGUAAAAGCAAAGUGCGAAGAAGCAAAAGCAGGUACAAAAUGCUCGAAGCUGAUGAGCAAGACAGUCUGGAGCUUCAACCACCUCGAGCAGUCCGCUUGAAGCCAGUCCCCGCUCCCACCUCCUCCGCCCUCAUGCACUCGGACUCAGACCUGGACAGUGACGACGGGCAGGGCGGGUUCCCGUGGACAGAGCAGGAGCGCGGGCAUCUCCUGAGGCCCCAGAAUGGCUCCCUGAGGAACGGCCAGGGUCCUGUGAGAGGCAAAAAGCAGAGAGAAGAGCUGCUAUAGCAAGGGAGGAGGGGGGGAGCCUCGCCGCUGCCCUCACUCAUACACACACACACACACACACACACACACACACACACACACACACGCUCUCACACACGCACAUCCUCCUCCUCACUCUGCCUGUUUCACUUUUGUUGCUCUUCAACAAGAAACACCUCACACCUCUCCUCCGUGGAGACGAACUUUGUGUACUGGGAUUUUGGAGGAGAAGGGGAGGAAAUAACAUGCUGGACACAUGUUGUCCCUCAGUCCCAGAAAAAAACACUGAACUGACACUAACCCUGCUCCCACACUGAGCCCAUAUGGAGGGGAAAGAAAACACAAUUUUGCUGAAAACUAAGGGGUGAGCACUGUGUUUUGAAUAGUAAAAAAAACCAACAGAGAUUUAUUUAACACAGAGACAUAAAGAAUGUACUGUCGCCCCUCUUCCUGAUGCCACUCUCUGCUUCAGCGACACACAAAAACCAGCCACAUGUCACGCUCACACCUUUGCCUCUUUGUAGACACACGCAUGUAGGCGCGCCAAGACGUCGUUUUCACACUGUUUCAGGUCAACGUGAUGCUACCAAACACUGCCAUGUUGAUACCGAUGAACUCUUUAAGAAAUCUGCUAUACAUGGUGACUUGAACCAAAACAGAGCUACUGUAUGAACAGCGUCAGACCCUCCGCUGAAAGCAACAACAAAAAAAAUGUGCAUGCAGAGUGACAGAUACUGGAAUGAUGGCCUGCAUGUUCGUAUGAUGGGUGUGUGUGCGGUGUGUUUCUUCAGAGCGGAUUGUAUGUUUUUUGAAUUAUGUUAUAAACAAACGGAAGCUUUGGCAGAGGUAACAUUUAAUUUAAAAAAACAAAAACGCACCCAUGCUUUCACUCUGAAGGCUUUCGCUUUGGAUUCAGUCGCUGGAAACACACUGGAAUAAACAACCUUGAUGAGUUUGGUCUCAGAGGAGGCGAUAAUGAGGAGACGCUCACAACACAUGAAAAACUGGAUGGACUGGACAACGUUCGCUCUCUCACCUCGAUAUUCACUAACUGCUUGAAACAUGAAGACCACUGUAUGUUUUCUUUUUAUUUCUUCACAAACCACCUUUAGGCUGUGAUUCUGAUGUCUGAUGCACUUUGAUUUAAUGCCCGCAGCUCCGGGUCUCAGUUUCUCUCCUGUUUGUUGGAAAGGGGUCAAAGUUGGAUGGUUCAGCCAUAAACACAGGAAUUCACUGCAUUAUAAAUGUAGAGAAUAUGACAACUCCUGGAUUUUUAAAUGUGAGAGGAGAGGACGUGUUUGAGUCUGAAUGAAUGCAGAUCCGAGUCCAAGAGCACCUCAGUAACUGUUACAUACCUUUUAGGCUUGAAUGAUAAGCGUAAUGUUAAGCUUAACUUAUGGAAAAGUUGCUGAUUGUGUGCGAUUUCUGCAACUAUUAAGGAUUGAUUUGGCUUCUAACAGGAUUGGAAAAAUUAUUUGUUGGUUUCUUUUGGCAGAUAUUCAGUUAGCUGAACUUAGGGAAUUCAAUUUUUUUUUUUAAAAAGGGAUUAAGUAAAACAUCAGGACAAACCAUGUACAAGAAAUCAGGCAUCAGUAAGAUAACAUUAUGGAUGAAAAUUAAUUGUAUCCAGAUUGACCAAAAUCUUUAUUUAAAUUAAUUUAUCUGCCACAAUUAGGAUAAAAGCAAAUGUCAGAUCUAAAGGGGGGAUGUUUGCUAUAAAUGCACCAUGAUGCAAUACGUGCAGUAAAGACAGGAGAGAGAGAGAAAAAGCUGUACCUGUGUUCCUUUUUUUUUUAAAAAGGCAGCAACGUUUCCCGACCAGUCUGCUCUGAAGGGAAUAAUUUGAACCAUCCGACUUUUCCCUGCAACAUUUCAGUCUGAUUGCUUUUUAUGUGAAACUGGCCUGUAAGUCACUUUUUUUUCUUUGGUUGUCGAAUGUUAAAAAAAAAGGGGGGGGGGGGGGGUAUGCCGUUGACACGGUUCAACUUGUACCUUGUGUGAAAUAAGAAAUCAUUUGAAACAUUUGUGCGAAAAAUAAGAAGAAAAGAAAAGUUCCUUUCUCAGCGUGAAGUCAUCUCAUGCUGAUGUCAGUCAAAGCAACCGGUGCACAUCCAGCAAAGGCAGAGAUUUCUAUAAUAUAUAAAUAUUUGUUUCCUUUAGAUUGACUGAAUUUAUCUGUCCAUCUUUUUGCCAACUGACAAAUUUAAAACCAAGUGAACCCAAGUGCCAAUUCUUUGAAAUAUCAUCUGAACUCUUCCUUAUAGUGUCACAUUCUUCCCUUGUUAUUUGCACAUCAUAGGAUACUAGAAAAUGCAAUUACUUGAUGUUGAUUAAUCUCAUUUCUUGUUUCUUUUUACACCUUUUUUUUCCUCACAGUUAGAAAUACCAUUUCAGUGAUCAUUCUGUACUUGAUUGACAACAGAAAACUCUGCGGUUCUUCUGUUACACGUGCAACAUUUCCAAUCACUUUUGGAAUUUAAAGAUGUGAACUGACCCCCGACUCUGACGGAGUCCACUGUGAAGGCAGGCAGAGAGAACGGUGAGAAAACUGUUGAAUGAAGAGAGUUUAAUUUAAAAACGGUCUUAGUGAAGGACUAGCCCCUUCCCUUACAUUCUGUGUGAGCACACCUGAUGCAACUGGAAAAUCUGUAAGUGAAAAUAAAAUGUUUGAGUUUGUUCUUGA